CUUCCCCUUCCCCUUCCCCUUCCCCGUGCAUUUCUGUCCAUCCGUCCAUCCUCAUCCUCGAGGCUCUUCCCUCCUGGCCUGCUUCCCCGGUCCCUGCGUGGCUCCCAUGAGGCCAGGGGCCUUCCCAGCACGUUGCAGGUCAGCUGCUUCCGCUCUGAAGGGCCUGUUCCGUGCCAGGCACACCCGGAUUACGGUCUUCCGUGUGUCUGCGAGUUCUCGAGGGCCUGGAUCACACGUGAGCGGGGGCGGGGGUGGGCCCAGCUCCCCGCACAGGGCGCCGGCCCAAGCUGAAGCACGUCCUCCACUCCCGCCCGCCCUCCCGCCACCUGGCCCCUGUCUCCUGGGUGCUGGCAGGACUUUCCGCCUGUGCCAGAUGUGACUGGCAGGAGGCCAGGACCGUGUCUGCAACUUAGCAGGGCCUGGGGUGGGCAGUGUGGGGAGCAGGGAGGGACGGAUCCAGAGUGACAGGGGCCGGGGGGGCAGGAAGCAACCAGAACACGGUUAUUCAUUCAACAGAUAUUUAUCCAUCACCUUCUUGCCAAGUGCUGUUGUAGGCGCCAGGGAAAUUGCAGAGAAGGACACAGACAAACUUCUGCCCUUGGGGUGGCGGGAGCUUGGUAAACAGGAGUGUCAGAUGGUGAGGGCUGGACAAGGUGCAGGACGGAUUAGAGCGGCCCUAGGGGGACUCGAGGGAAGGGGCAGGGGUGGGAAAGUCUUGCUGAGGAGGUGACAUCUGAGCAAACUUGAAGACUACCAGAGAGGUCUGGGAUGGGAGGAGUGGUAAUAGAGGGCGCGGCCCAUGCAAAGGUCCUGGGGUAAGACAGCGCCACUGCCGCCCAGUGUGUUGGAGAACAGAGGAGGCCCUGUGGCCGGAGCAGCGUGAGGAGAGGAAGACAAGGAGGGGACAGGGCAGGUGCUCAGGAGCAUCAUGGGAGCCCCACAGGGCUGUGGGCAAGGGGGGGCACCUGACUCGGGCUCAUGGCCCCUGGAGGAUGGGUGAGCUGCUGGGCGCUGAGAGGCUUUGGCAGUAAGGGAUCAGGAUGUGGAUGAUCCCGACAGCACUUGCUGAGCGUCAGGAUGUGAGGGGACAGGACCCCAAGUAGCUGCUGUUGAAGCCAGGAGCCCAGAGAGGCCCCUGUGUCCCCGCAGCCCCCCCUGCUCCCCGGGGAGGGCCUAGCCGGCAGGGGGGAGCAGCGCUUUUCACGCUGAGUGCAUUCAAGUGCCAGUAAAUUGCGCAUUAACGAGCCAGGGCGAGCUGGGGAAGGCUCCCCUGGGCCUGUGCGGCGGGAGGGAGGCCCAGCUGGGGAACCAUCACCGCCCGCCAGAGGCAGCCGGGGACCAGCCCAGCCGGGGACGGGGACGGGGGCUCAGAGAGGGGUCCCUGCUCCUGCUGCCUGCCCGGCCCCUCCCUCGCCGUCCUGCCCGCCUGCCCGCCUGCCCGCCUGCCCGCGCCAGACCAGGCUGCCCCUGGAAGCAGGUUGACGCUGCCCGGCCCCCCUCCCCCCCAUUCCUCCCGACUUGGGAAAUUGGCUUUGCUUCCCGGGGCCUCUGUUUUCUCGUCUGCAAACUGGGAAUGCCGGGAGCUGCCGUGAGACAGGACCGACCGCGUCGCCCUAGUCAUUCUCUCUGGUGAAGCACAUGUUUUCCCAGGAUCGGGGAGUUCGCCCGGGGCCAGGCAAGUGUGGGGAGCCACUAGGAGUCUGCCACGGAGGGGCGUGCAUCGACGAGGCCCAGGGACGUCGCUUUUUUGGGGUGCCGUAGACCAAGACCAGACCUGCGCUGGCUUCUCCGGCAGAAAGCUUCCUGCGGACCAUGGAGAUCUGGAGCGGGCCUCCGGGCUUCCAGCCGGGGGAGGUGAGCCAGGGCCCCUCGGGUGUGCAGGCCAAGCGGGGCUCCUGGGGGCCGGCGAGCCCCAAGGCUUCCCCGCGCCCCGGGGCCCCCGCUGCUCCAUCCUCCGGGACCCCUCGGUCGCGCUUGUCAGAUGCCACGGCCACAGGGUCGCCGCACUGGCCCAGGCGGCCCUCCUGGGACUCCGAACCCCGCUUCUGGCAGGAUGUUCUGACCGAGCAGCUGUGGCAGGUCUUUGCAGGGACCCACGAGGAGGGGGACCAGCCACGGCACCGGCGGACAGAACCAGCGCUGGGCCCGGAGAGUCAGGACCCAGGGCCACACCCCCCAGGACUGGAACUGCGUACUGAAGACCCUCUGGCUGCCAGCCCCCCCACGGCCUCCCCCAGCCCCCCCAGCUCCCCCGAGGGCUCCCAGGAAGGGAGCGCAGAGCCGGGCACCGGAGCUGAGGGCGUGUUCUCCCGCGUGGCCCAGGAGCCUGCUGGGAGAGCCUGUCCAUUCCUGAAGCCCAUACUCUGGGACCCUGAGGACUUCGAGGACACGUGGAGGAGACCGGACGCCUUGCCCUGGCAGUCCAAGAAGUCAGCCCUCCCCCACCGAGCCCAGAAGAUGCGGACGCUCCGGCACGGGGAGCCGGUGCUGGCCACGGCCGUCAGCAGCUUCAUGCGCCACGCCUUCACCUGCGGCCGGGGCGGCGUCAAAGUGUGGAGCCUGGUGGGCCAGGGGCUGGAGGACAGGUGUCCUGAGAGCCACCUGGGUGUUCAGACCCGCCGGGCCUACCUGCGCACCUGCCUGCUGUCCUCAGACAGCACGACCCUGCUGACGGGCGGCCACAACCUGGCCAGCGUGAGCGUGUGGGACCUGACCGCGCCCUCCCUGCACGUGAGCCGGGAGCUGCCCUGCGUGGGGCUCACCUGCCAGGCCCUGGCCUCCAGCCCCAGGGACAGCCUGGCCUUCGCCGGCUUCACUGACGGCACGGUCAGGAUCUGGGACCUGCGGGACCAGAGCGUUGUCAGGGACCUGCCGGGCCACCCGCCUGGAGCCAAGAGCAUUGCUGUCAAAGAGCAGAACAUCUGGACGGGGGGUCUGGACACCUGUCUGCGGUGCUGGGACCUGAGGACCACCAGAGAGCCCCUCGAAUACCAGUUUGAGUCUCAGAUCAUGAGCCUGUCCCCCAGCCCCCAGGAGGACUGGGUGCUGGUGGGCACAGCCAACGGCCAGCAGUGGCUGCAGCCCACCCGAGGCGGCCAGAAGCACAUGGUGGGGUGUAAGGACGGCAUCAUCCUGGGUCUCAAGUUCUCCCCGCUCGGCCAGUGGUGGGUGAGCGUUGGCACCGACGACCUGCUCGGCAUCUAUGGCAUGCCCGCGGGGACCCUGGUGUUCCAGGUGCCCGAGGCCACUUCCAUCCUGUGCUGCGAUGUGUCCCCCAACAACCGCCUGAUUGUCACGGGGUCCAAAGCCCACGCCUCGGUGUACCAGCUCACCUACUGAGGGCCCUGGUGCUGGCGUCUGCACCCUGGAUCCUUUUUUCCUUUCUUUUUCUUUUGUCUUUUUCCCCUAACAAGGUGGAGGCGUCGUGGUGGGUGGGCCGGGUGUCUUUCCCUUUGCACGACUGGGCCGGCAAUCUUUGUCGCCUGUAAUAAAGCAACUGGAAAACGCA